CUAAAGCUGAAGGUCUUCCCGCUCGGUUCUGCUGCCCGGCCCGGGUGUCACCUUGUCCCACUGGCAGUGGGUCGGUCAACGGCCCCGCGUCAGCAUCACGAGGGCUCCAUAAAGCCCUGGCUGCCCGCCGAGGCACCGCUGGGGCCGUGUCACCUCCACUCGUGUCCCUGUGUGGGGACCGUCCCACGUGUCCCAACCAUCUGGGGAAAACCUAUGGCUGGUUAAUGGGUAACCGAGGUGACGAGGCAGGGGAAAGGUGCGUCGGCACCCAGAAGCACGGAGGGAUGGAGGUGCCACCACGGUGGUGGGCAAAGCCACGUGGGGGGGAUUCCCCCUUUUUCUCCGUCCUUGUGUCCCCGGCCCUCGUGUGCCUCGAUGUCCCAAACACCGCAGUGCCCUCCAGCCGUAACAGCAGCCUGGUGUGUGUGCGCGCAUUGCAGAAACACAUGGAUGUGGUUCAUGGGGACGUGAGCUGCCCCAAGGCCGAGAAGCCACUGGACGCUGCAGCCCCACGGCUGGAUCCCCGCUGCAAGCCGGUGGACGUGGGCACGGACCUGGUGGACUGGCGGAAGCCCUUGCUGUGGCAGGUGGGCUACCUGGGGGAGAAGUAUGAUGAGUGGGUGCACCAGCCCGUGGAUCGGCCCAUCCGCCUCUUCCACUCGGAUUUUAUUGAGGCCCUCUCCAAGACGGCGUGGUACGUGGUGUUCCUGGUGUGGACCCCGGUGGUGUUCUACCUCAGCUGGCUCAGCUACACAGCUCUGGCGCAGGGCAACACCAGGCUCUUCUCCUCCUUCACCGCAGAGUACUCCAUCCCCGUGCACAAACACUGCUUCCCCUUCAUCUUCCUCCUGGGGAUGUUCCUGUGGUCCCUGCUAGAGUACCUCAUCCAUCGCUUUGUCUUCCACAUGAAGCCACCCGCUAGUAACUACUAUCUCAUCACCCUGCAUUUCCUGCUGCACGGGCAGCACCACAAGUCCCCCUUUGACAGCUCCCGCCUGGUCUUCCCCCCGGUGCCGGCCUCGCUGGUCAUGGCCUUCUUCUACGGCGUGCUGCGGCUGCUGCUGCCCGAGGUGCUGGGGCUGUCUGUGUUUGUGGGAGGGCUGUGUGGCUACGUGGUGUACGACAUGAUGCACUACUACCUGCACUAUGGCUCGCCGAAGGAAGGCACCUACCUGUACGGGCUGAAGGCGUACCACGUCAAGCACCACUUUGAGCACCAGAAGUCAGGCUUCGGCAUCACCACCCGCUUCUGGGAUCACCCCUUCCGGACGCUCAUCCCCGAAGAGACCUUUGAGAAAGAGGACUGAUGGCCCCGGCGCUCAGCCGACCGUGCUCAGGGCCGUGAGGGCUCAGAACACUGUGCUGCCGAGGAUCGGCACCGUCCCCCUUGUCCCUCUCCGUCGCCCGUCGUGGGGCCGCUCCAUCCCCUCGGUGCUGCCGGUGGAGCCGGGGGGUAUGGAGGUGGGGAGGGGGCCGGAGGAGGCUGCUGGGGCUCCAGCUCUUCCCAUUGAAGGCACUGAUGAGCGGGCACCUCUGUGCCUGGAGGAUGAAGUGCCGGCUGCCUCGAGCCCCUCCUGCUACACCCCGCACCCCCGCCUCUCAGUGCCUCCCUGAGCCGCCCGCUGCACUGCGCCCAACUCCCACCCGGGGGCUCCAACCUCUCGGGUUGCCUGUGGGGAGGGGGGAGGCAAAAUAACCGAGGGAAAUCAAACCAAACCCGCGCUGCCUGCCCGUGCAGCGGGCUUCCCCUGCCCUGCGGUGCCAGGCGGGCGUCUGGCAGGGCUGGCCUUGGCCUUUCUCUAACCAGCGCUCCCAUCUCCCUGCCAGGUCUGUUUGACUUUGCAUUCGUGUGGUCCUCAGCUACUUGAAACUUAAACUCCAAUGAAUGGAAUUGCUAAAAGAUGCCUUUUUUUUGGUUUGUUUUUUUGGGCUGAUCCUGUGAUUAUUAUUAUUAUUUUUUUUUUUCUAAUGUUUACUGCAGAUAUUUAAAGGUUUGGAAUGAAGCUAUUACGUACGACUGUAGACAUGGCAAUUGUAAAUAAACUGUAUAUUUUGAAAAAUAAAA